UUUUAAGCGGAAAUUUGAAGAUUUAGACUGGAUUUGGGAGGAUUUUGGGGUGUACUCGUCCAAUCAUUUCUCUCUAAGAAGUGACAACAGCAGAAUUUAUUUUGCAUGUGUCCUGCUCUUCAUGCUCUCUACUCCUUGUGCAAAUUUAAGGCUUUUCGGUGCUUUUCAGCCUCCAUAGAAUUGGAAAUUAAAUGUGUUUUAGUCAUCUAUUCAUCCAUCACGUGUAAGCGGGACAUCCUACAGUUGUUUUUAUCCCAGCUUCCUGUUUCUCUGUUCACUAAAGAGAAAUGAAAAAUAAUAUUUUGUUUGUGUCUCUUCUCUUGAGGUGUUUCAUGGAUUGUUUGUUUGAAACACAGUUUUAUUCAGGAGCUUGUGUGUCAUUAAAUAUUCAACCAGAUGAAUAGAAGAAAUGUUAUUAUAGUUAAAUGUUUUGCAGGAGGUAUUAUCCCAUUAGCAGGGCUCCAAAUUUACACCAGCCAAAAAAACAGGUAGUCUGCUGACCAGAUAUUUGAGCAUUCACUUUCUGUUUUGCAGGUGGGCAAAAAGGUUACCUUUGCACCCUGAGGUAGUUGAGUAGUUGUACUGAAAGUGACUGUUUAUAAGUAUUUUGAAUUGUAGUUUUCUAAUGCUUAAGGUGUCUCUGCCACCUGUUCUGCACGCUGUCUGUGUUCAAGCUCAAGCUCACAUACAAGCAUUCGACAAGUCACUAAACCGCUGUCUUGUUUUUCUGUUGCUACUGUGGUGCCUUGAUCAUUCCUGUAUUUUUAUUUUGGGUUAUUAAAAGUCAUGAAAUCUUCUCUUCCCUCCAUGUCCUUGCAGACUAAGCCAGCUCAUUAAUGACUGCUUGUGUUUACUCUCUCCGGGCGCGCAUUGCUUUAAUCCAGUUUCACUCUGGGCAAGUGAAUGGACAGUUUUACCGCUGCGCUUUCAUUCCAGAGGGAGAUGACUCGGUUUUUUUGCAGACGUCUUGGCUCACAGAGACGUGAUUCAUUUCAGAACUGGUUCAUCAACAACAGUAAUCUCGUGCGCAGAUCGCAGUAUGUGCAAUCUGCAGCAGGACGUAAAAACAGUCCCCUAAAUGUGCAACAUGCUGAAAUUCAGUGGCAGCUAGGUCAUGCGUGAUUCAGAUUUCCACAUACCUGUUACUUAACAGUGGAAGGGUUAUAGUUUUAAGUAGUUUGUUUUUAUUUAUUUAUUUAUUUAUUUAUUUUGCACAGUAAAACAAAGCAGCAGACAACAACAAAGGAAAUUAAAGCAAAACUUGCACACCUUUAGAGGCUUAUAGAACAAAUUUCACCUCCACAGAAACAAGCAAACAAGCAGCUAUAGGAACCAGAGAGGCAGAUAUCAGAUAAUGCAUUAUACUGUCACAUUUCCUACACUGUUCAUGAUAGAAAUAAUUUGCUUCUGUUCUCCAGAUUCAUCUUAUUAGAUACAAGGUUACUGUUUAUCUGUAGUCCAGGUGCAGCAGAUGGAGGCCGCGUUAAGGGAUUACUGUAACUCCUUUAACAGUCUGCAGUCAAGUUCGCCAUCCGAUUAUAGUCCUCUGUCCUCCAUUUGGGGAGGAGGGUGGAGGGAGGCAGAGGAGAGGAGCUCUGUGCAGCUCACAGCUCCACAGUCCGGCCUCAGAGUCACAUGCGCUCUGUGCUGCCGCUGCAGCUGACUGGACACCUGCCUCGACUGUCUGGACUGCACACACACACGCAGUGACUGGAGGAGGUGUUGUGGAUGCAGAGGGUACGCAGCUCUGUGAGAACACACCUUAGGUAUCCAUUCAGUCUGCCAUGCUGAUCACAUGGUGGUAUUUAUACCUCGCAGCUCGGAGCAUCGCAGAGAAAUCACUGAAAAUGGCCUCAAUCCUGCAGAAGCUGAUCACCCCGCUGUUCAGUGGUCCUCCUGAGCCCCCCAGGAAUAAAGUGACAGUGGUGGGCGUGGGCCAGGUUGGCAUGGCCUGUGCUGUCAGCAUCCUGCUCAGGGAGCUGGUGGAUGAACUGGCCCUGGUGGAUGUGAUGGAGGACAAGCUGAAAGGAGAGAUGAUGGACCUGCAGCACGGCAGCCUCUUCCUCAAAACACCUAAAAUAGUCGCAAACAAAGACUACUCUGUGACAGCAAACUCCCGCAUUGUGGUGGUGACGGCAGGAGUCCGUCAGCAGGAGGGAGAGAGCCGGCUGAACCUCGUCCAGAGGAACGUCAACAUCUUUAAACACAUCGUCCCUCAGAUCGUCAGGUACAGCCCCGACUGCAUCAUCAUCGUGGUUUCCAACCCAGUUGAUGUGCUGACAUAUGUGACCUGGAAACUGAGCGGCCUUCCCAAGCACCGCGUCAUCGGCAGCGGCACCAACUUGGACUCGGCACGCUUCCGCUUCCUGAUGGCCGACAAACUGGGAAUCCACGCCAGCAGCUUCAACGGAUGGAUCCUGGGAGAGCAUGGAGACACCAGCGUGCCUGUGUGGAGCGGGACAAAUGUGGCUGGAGUCAACCUGCAGACGUUAAACCCGAACAUCGGCACCGACUGCGACGAUGAGAACUGGAAGGAAACCCACAAGAUGGUGGUGGACAGCGCAUACGAGGUGAUCAAACUGAAGGGUUACACCAACUGGGCCAUCGGUCUGAGUGUAGCUGACCUGACGGAGAGCCUCAUCAGGAACAUGAACAGGAUUCAUCCAGUGUCCACCAUGGUGCAGGGCAUGUAUGGAAUCAGUGACCAGGUGUAUCUGAGUCUGCCCUGCGUGCUGAACAGCAGAGGCGUGUCCAGCGUGGUCAACAUGACCCUGACAGAUGACGAGGUGGCUCAGCUGCAAGCCAGUGCCAACACGCUGUGGGACAUCCAGAAGGACCUGCAGGACAUCUAACUGAGCAGCAGGGGGCGCUGUAGCUGCACCUCCCUGACUGCUCAUCACUUACAUCAUUAUCACUGUGCAGUCACUAAAACACCACACAGCUCCACCUUCUACACCUUCAGCCCACUGCCCUCUGUAGAUUCACAGGCGUUGUUAAAUAGCCUCAGAUCUUGCUGUAGGUUUCAGUUUGUACUCGUCUGCACACUGGAGAUGAAACGUUACAUCAGCUGAGUCAAGCGCUGCCCUGACUCAUUUGUCCUCGACUGUGCUGCAUUGUGGGAACACUCAUGUCGCUCUGAUGUGUAAUAAAGUUUGCUGUUGCCCGAACA